UUCUUCUUUACAUUUCCUUUGGUUUCCCCUUAUUUUCUUAACACUUCUGAAUCCCAUGACCGUCCUCGACUCUGGCGCCGGCGCUCACGUACUGGUGUUUCCAUUCCCUUCACAAGGCCACAUGAUACCUCUCCUGGACCUCACCCAUCAACUCGCCACCCGGGGGUUAUCCAUCACCGUCCUCGUCACCCCACAAAACCUCUCUCUCCUUAACCCUCUUCUCUCUAAACACCCAUCCAUCAGAACCCUAGUCUUGCCUUUUCCGCCGCACCCUUCGAUUCCUGCCGGCGUGGAGAACUCCAAAGACCUGUCGGGCAAGUACUUCGGUGCUAUGCUAAUCACCCUAGGCGAACUCUACAAUCCUAUUGUCGAUUGGUUCAGAACCCACCCUUCUCCUCCGGUGGCCAUUAUCUCCGAUAUGUUCCUUGGAUGGACCCAGCAGCUUGCAUGCGAGCUCGGCAUUCACCGCGUCGUGUUCUCUCCCUCUGGCGCUAUGUCGCUGUCCGCCAUGUAUAGCUUGUGGAGGGACCUACCAAAAAUUGAAGACCCCACCAAUCUAAAGGCUACCAUUUGCUUUUCAAAAAUGCCAAAUUCGCCGGUUUUGGCCUGGUGGCAAGUCUCUGGUUUAUAUCGUAGAUAUAUUGAAAGAGCGCCAUUUUCAGAAUUCACCAAAGAUAUAUUUCGGGGCAAUAUAGCGAGUUGGGGGCUGGUGAUUAACUCGUUCACUGAGUUGGAACGAGACUAUUUGGAUUAUCUGGCGAAUGAGUUGGGCCACGAUAGAGUUUGGGAUGUUGGGCCGUUACAUUUUCUGGAUGGAGAAAAAUCUGGGCUAAUGGAUAGGGGCGGGCCCAGUUCGGUUUCGGCUGACGACAUACUGACGUGGCUGGACACGUGCGGAGAUAACACGGUGGUCUACGCUUGCUUCGGAAGCCAAGCGGUGUUGAAUAACAGGCAAAUGGAGGGCCUGGCACUAGGCUUGGAGAAGAGCGGGGCCAGGUUUAUCUGGUCCAUCAAGGAGCCCACGAAUGAGCACGUGGAGGGAGAUCACUGGGCACUCCCACCUGGAUUCGAAGAUCGUGUGGCUGGGACUGGGAGAGGCCUUAUAAUAAGAGGGUGGAGCCCACAAGUCAUGAUACUGAGUCACCGAGCCGUGGGCGCGUUCUUGACUCAUUGCGGGUGGAAUUCGAUACUAGAAGGACUUGUGGCUGGGGUGUCGAUGCUUGCAUGGCCCAUGGCGGCUGACCAGUUUUUGAACUCAAUUCUGUUGGUCAACGAGUUGAAAGUGGCGGUGAAGGUGUGCGAGGGGGCAGAAAGUGUUCCUGACUCGACCGAGUUGGCUCGAGCGGUGACGUUGUCGGUGAGUGAGAACUGGGCAGCGAGAGAGCGGGUCACCGAGUUAAGAAGGGCAGCGCUGGAAGCAAUCAAACCAGGUGGGAGUUCAGCGAAGAAUUUAGAUGCAUUGGUGAAGUAUUUAUCCGAAUUCAAUUUACAGGAAAAAUAAUAGAAUUUUUUAAUUGUAUAG